AUGCACCCCUUCGCUUCCUAUGUUCUGCGCAGCUACUACAGGGAGACCGGAUGGAAUGAGGAUAAUCUAUACGCGAACCUCACGCGCUCGUCAAAUGCGCUGCUCGACUUUAGUGUGCCCCGGGGGCUGCAUUUCUCCAUAUCAAAGUCCCCCAACUCACUCUUCAAGACGACGUAUUCCAUGAAUGCGCUGCCCUCCCUAAAUGGUUCCGUGGGAUAUAUAUUCACCAGCUGUAACCUGGACGUGAAGGGCUCCGGCGACGUCCGCUUCAAGGACAUGGUCGACCGUUUCAAGGUCUUUGACCAGCCGCGAAAACCCGAGGGCAAGGAGGAGGAAUGGCUAGCAGGCGAGCGCGUCGACACCCGAGACUAUCUGUUAUACGGCCGUAUUUAUGUCCCUACGGGUCGACUUGAUGCUCUGUACUCAACCCGAAUAACGCCCACCCUCCAGGGCAUGGUCGCGGCGAUCUCAGACCCACGUGCACCCAUCUCAUACGAAAAGUCCAAGGGGCACGGCCCGGCGAGCAACAUCAUGUUCAGCCUACAGCAGGACACGGGAAAAUGGUGCACCGAGUACACAUGGAGUGCAGAGGACGGGAUGUGGGGCGUCCGCUCGCUCUACAAUUUCGGCAAGGUCGGGCCCGCGCCGGAGAGCGACAGCGACAAAGCGGGGCAUACGUCCGCGGGCAGGAGGUCGGGCGUGAAGCGGGUCGACGAAGAGGAGGCGAUGGAGGGCGGGUUGAGGGGCCGAGUGUCUGUUGGCGGAGAGUUCUACUUCAGCGCGAAGGAGAAGAGCGCGGGAGUGUCUACCGGUAUCCGUUUCACCACAGUACCAGACGCAACCCCGCCAUCCUUCCAGGUCCCUUCAUCCUCAUCCUCGCCAUCCAGUCCAACCCCGCGCGGCCCGCCCUCCCAGCCACCCACUACCAUCACCGCGCUCUUCAACCCUAUGCUCGGCCAUAUAUCCGGCGCGUAUGCCGCACGAGUGUCCCGCGACCUCUCGCUCGCGUCCCGCUUCGACUUCAACGUCUACAGCUAUGAGAGCGAGUGGUCCGUAGGCGCAGAGUGGUGGCAACGCCGCGGAAAACAUCAUCCUCCACUGCCCACAGAAGACGAACCGCCGUCGGCCCUGGGGUCGGUCUCGGUCUCAGAGCUCGCUGACGAGGUCCAGGGAGUGGUGAAAGCCAAAGUGUCGACAACAACCGACGUCUCAUUACUAUGGGAAGGACGGCUCCGGAACGUCCUGGUCAGCUUGGGCGUCGUCUCCAACCUCUCUAGCCGUUCGAAGCCCAUAAAAUCCGUAGGGCUCGAGCUGUCGUACUUUAGCUCCGGAUAAUACACCCCAUUCACCC